GUUGCGAAUCAUGGCCCGCCGUUAAAUACAGACUGGGGAUUCUAUAAAUCAGGCAUAUUUCUCAACACCUCGAACACUUUCGAACCCGCUCAUUAAAAACCAUUAAGGAAAAUAUUUCGCUUGGGAAAAAUUAUGGCGUAAAUGAUACCCAGCCCCGCCUACCCCAGCAACAACCAUCAGGCAACACCACCACCCACUUUUUUGUGGGCCAACAAACGACACAAUAAACGACCUCCACCAAGCUUCGAGCCAGGCUCGCGAUUCGGCUUAAACGCGUUCCACCGUCUUAACUCGGUUUCUGUGUCAUUUUCUUGUCUGCAGCUCGGUUUUAAGCGUCAAAUAAAUUUAAGUCUACACCUAAACAGCCAGCAAACAAAAUAAAAUAAAGCACUAAGGAAAAAACUUUUUGCGUUGCCUGUUCUUUGGGGAUUUUUGUUAUGUUGUUUUUUUUUUUAGCUCCAUAGCUCUUUGCAACGAACAUUUGCAACAAUUUGUUAUUGGCCAUUUAAGCCGUUUGUUGUUGGCCGUUCGUUGUUGCUUUUGGCCGUUGGCGCACCAGAAAUCUGUUGAGUGUUAAUGACAUUUUUAUGUUUUAACGCUUGAAAAGCUGCGGCCGCGUCCAUUUUGGUGGCCUGGCUGGCCCCCUUGGUUGAAAAAAACUCCAAUUGAAAUUCCCGCACCUGGCUAUGCUCUAUUUUUGCAUUUUCUUUUUGCGCUUUUCCUUUAUUUUUGGAUGAGGUUAGAUCUGGCUAACAUUAGUUGGUGGUUUGAGUUAUUGACUUGGUCUCUGCUCAUCCACGUUUAAUGGUGGUUUGUUGUUGGCCAGGCUAUUUCUGUUCCGAAUGACAGGUGACUUGGUCAAUGGAAAGGUGGGGAAUGUUUUUAUCCACAAAUUGGUUAACAAAUUGCAAAAAUGGUCACUUAGAAAUAACAAAGUGAGAUUUAUAGGAAAUUUAAUUAAAAAAUUAUAAAAAAAAUCACUUACUUUGCGUACUUAUUGCUCUUUAUAUAGUUUUAAAUUUUAUAUAGUCACACUUUUGUUGUUUUAGUAUCAUAGAUUAAAUAAUUCACUUCACGAAAAUAAUGCGUCGCGUCGCCUCUUUUUUUCCGUGUUCUCGUUUCCGCGAUCCUCUUUAAAGUUUAAACCCAUUCAAUAAAAUUACUCAUUUCUCCGUUCCGGUAUUGCAUUUGACUUCUCAUCUGGGCACACCCAAGAUGUGCUUAAAAAGAGAUGCCACCCUAUUCCCAAAUAGACAUUUACAGUUCAAAAUGUUAAGUGUAAAUUAUCAAACAGAAACAAGAUAUUUCUGGCAAAUUUUUAAAUUGAUUUUUAUCAAACAAUUAGUAAAAACAAAAGCCAACCAAGCAAAGUUCAAGUGUUGAAAGAACCUGUCCAUGGAUUUAUGAGACUUGCCCAGACGCAAUCCAGGUCCAGAUCCAAAAUCCAGAUCAAUGUGGCCGGAGCCCACCGACUGAGGUCCGCCCGAAGGUAGAAAAUGGUGGACAUUUACCAGGAUGCCAGCAGUACGCUGCGCUCUGUCUUUCCCAACUCACGGCUGGAUUCGUUGGCCGGAGUGGAACGCCGGAUGGAGAGUCAACUGCCAGGACCAACAGAUCCGGAUGCAGUCACCACACCCACAAGCAUUGGCUAUAAUCCGUUGAACGACGAAGACUGGUGGGCCAAUGCCAUCGAGGUGGACACCUUCGAUUCCCCGCUGGCCUUCGAUGCCAGUGAGAAUGGUUUGUGGAAUGGACACUUUGUACCGCCACCGCCACGCCCGCCCUUCCUGGAUGAAAGCGUCGCCGCCGAUGGCCUGACCACCUGUGAUCUGUGCACGUGGGCAUGGCAACGGAAUGCCUACUCCCUGGAUGGUUCCAUAGAAACCGCCGGCGAACUUGGAUGGGCAUUCACCCUAAUCAUAGUUUCAAUCAUAUCGGCUCUCAUAGGUGCUAUUGUAAUGGUCAUAGUUCUAAGAUGUAGAAGAAUUAAAUCAUCGAAUGCCAAUGGUGGUCGGCCCCAGCCUUGGUGGUGUCGCAAUAACCGAAACGGUGGCCAAAACCGAUCGCCCAUCUCGAUCAAGCACUCGGCGGACAGCAUCCGGCGGCCCACAAGCAACUCUGGCGUGUGGACUUGGUUAGGCGGCAGUCGCCGUUCCUCAGCUGGUCCUGACCAGAUUGGUCCGCCAUCGACAUCGCCGGCGGAGAACCAUUAUACCCACAUGGACGAUGCCUACAGUCCGGUGGGAGUAAGCGAGGCGCUAUACGCGGAACUGGAUCGCGAAUCCGUGCGGUCCGCAAACCCAUCGUAUCAGAAUACGGCCUACAGUCAGUGUGGCGAGAAAUAUAACUACCAGGGCCACGAACAGGACAUUCCCAUGGUGGUCUCCUCGGCGCCGAGCAGUGCCUAUUAUUCGGAUUUGUCGGUGACCGCGAUGCCCGGCGGAGCGAGUGGCAGUAAUCAGGGCGCCUACGAGAUUGUCGGACUGAACGUGAUGUCCCAGCCUCUGCCCAACUGGGAUCAUCAUGGAGGAGGAGUAAAUGGCGGCGGUGGUGGCAUUGCUGGAGCAGCUGCCGCCAUCCUUGGAGGAGGUGGUGGUUCAGGCAAUGGCCUGACGCCUGGCGAGGCGGCAGCAAUGACGCAACGACGAGGUCCUCGACUGGCGGCCAUCAACGAGACAAGCACCAGCACUGUGCCCUCGGACUAUGUCUAAAAAAUAAAUAUAAAAAGUUUAAAAACAAAAAAUUGUGAAAUGUUCAGCGAGCUUAACAUGUUAAUAGAAUAUAUAUAGAAACAAACGUACGUUAUAUACACCCCAUAAAAUGAUAAGAUUAAGUUUAGAUUAUAUUUAACUCUUGUAUACCACUUAGUGCUUUGGUUUUAUGUCUGAUUUGUAAUUUGUACACGUUACCGAUAUAUAUAUAUAUAUAUAUAUAGAUACGAAUAUAUAGGGAUAUAUUUAUACACACACUUACAAGGCGAGAAUGUAUUAUAUGUCUAGUUUUUAUAUAGUCUGUAAGCAACGAUUUAAUCGUGGGUGAUAUUUAGCCUAAAAAUAUGCUAUAUUCUUAUGUUCUAUGUACUUUAAACAUUUUCUAAAAAUGUAAAAACGACAACAAACGCAUUUUUUCAUAGACUUAGAAACGUGAAAGUGAAAGAUGAGAAAGGACAUGAAAAUCGCAUUUCCCCCCAGGAUCAGUACACGAAAAUAUAUAGAAACGAUAUAUACAUAACGAAUACAACAUAUUUAUACACUCAUAUUUACAGCAGCAGAAAAACAACAAACACUCAUUUAGCUCACCAAUAUAUAUAUAUAUAUAUAUACGAGAUAUAUAGAUAUAUCUAUAACAAUAACUGAAGAAAUCAAUAUUUACAACGAUUUUAAUGCAACAGAUUUAACCAUAUUUACCAGGGGGAAAAUGAACGUGGCACGUCAUAUCAUUUACCACACCAUUAUACAUAUGUACGCAUAGCUAUCUAUAUACUAAACCAUAUACAAUAAACAGACUCACGACCCUUAGCGGAUGUACUUUAGUUCUUAGUGGCUCUCGGCGGGAUGUCAAAUCCUUGGCUGAU